UUUAAGUCAUAUAAAAGACGUGAGCCUUAGACCUUAUUCAUCAGUUCACUUUACCUGGUAUCCAAACCACAACAACCAGAACAACAUGUUUUUCAAGGUACUUUGCCUGCUUUCUGUAGCCGUGGCGGUCUCCGCUUACGGACACUCGUCUCAGUUCGUCCACAAAUACGACGGACACCACGAGCCUGUACACCACGGACAUGGUCACCAUGACUACUAUACUCACCCUAAGUUCGAGUUCGGCUACAAAGUGGACGACGACCACACUGGCGACCACAAGUCGCAGCACGAGCACCGCGACGGUGACGUCGUCAAGGGCCACUACUCGCUGCACGAGCCUGACGGCUCCGUCAGGGACGUGCACUACCACGGCGACCACCACAGCGGCUUCCACGCGGACGUGAAGCACAGCACUCACCACAUCGUGCCUCAUCAUCAUCAUUACUGAAAUAUAGAGCCAAGCGUUUACUAAAAACUGACUGAAUUGAUCUUGUUGUUUUUUAUAUCCAUGUAAUCUUAUGAAAUAAAUGUAAAUAUUAUCAU